ACUGUGCCGUUCAUCCUUGCAGCUCCUCCAUGGCCGCUCCCACCUCCUGCCGCCGUCUGGCCGUCUCAGCUAUAGUGCUGCUGUGCGUUUCACUUCUCCAGCUUGCCCAAGCAAGGCUCCUACGGGAGGAUAAAACCACACUGGAUGACAGCAAGUCGUUCUCCAUCAAAGGUGGCAGCGGGGAGGGUGGCGGCCGGGGCUUCGGUAUCAGCAUAGGCCAUGGCGGGCACGACGUGUCCAUCGCUGUCGGCGGUGGGCUUGGAGGCGGAGCUGGCACUACCCGUGGUGGCGGUGCAAGUGCCGGCGGUGGCGCGGGUGGAGGCGUUGGCAUUGACGUGGGGCGUGGUGGUAUCGAUGUGGGGAUCGGCGGAGGUGGGGGUGGGGCCGGUGGCGCCGGCGGUGUGCAUGCAGGGGCUGGAGCUGGAGGUGGUGUCGGUGUCGGUGUUCACAUCGGGCGUGGUGGGGUGAGUGUGAGCAACGGAGGAGGCGGUGGUGUUGGAGGUGGAAGUGGGGGUAGUGGCGGUGGCAACUCCGGUGGUGGUAGUGGCGUUGGCCGUGCUGGUAAUGCAAUGGGCGGUGGCGGAGGGUCUGGUAGCGCAAAUGGUUCUACCGGAAGCGGAGAGGGUAGUGGAGUUGGGUCGGCCAGUGGAGGUACCGCUUAAGACGGAGCAAUGGAUAUGGCAUGGAAAUUGUUGAUGAACUAAUAUCUCAGAGAGAGAUGUUGUAUGUGUAAGGAGA